AUGGAGACUUCAAGUUCAAGUGGACAAUUGUUAUAUGGACCCGAAGACCCGUCCGUGCUAUAUCUGCAGAAAAAGCUAUCAAGUAAACUAUUGAAAGAUGGCACCACACAAGUUUUCAAAGUUCGCCGGACGGAAAGUAAGACUUGGGAUGUCGACAUUCAUGAGAAUGUGAGGGAUUGGCUUGACGCCUUUGGUUUUAAAGGUGUGAUGGAUUGUGGGAAGUCGAUGAAGGUUGACAAUGAGCUGAUCAUGGCUUUGAUUGAGCGUUGGAGGCCGGAGACGCACACUUUCCAUCUACCGAUCGGAGAGGCGACGGUGACCUUGGAAGAUGUGCAAGCCAUUUGGGGCUUGAGAGCGGACAUUCGCGUUUUCACAGGGCGUGACCAUCAUGUUGGAUAUCCAGAUUAG